AUGGCUUUAAAACCCAUAUCUGCGUUCCCAUGGGUAUUGAAGGAGAGUACGUUCAUUUUCCGUUCCGGCCACUUCCUGAGCGCCGAUGAAACUCGAUCAAGCCGCGGGCGAGAUAGCAAUAGAGGGGCCAGGUGUGCCGCCUCAUGCGGAACUUCCUAUUCGCAAAUCAUUCCAACUGGGUCUCGAUUUAAAGCUAUUCUUUUAGGAAAUAAAUGGAAAAUUGCACUUAUUUUGAUUUAUCGCUUACAUUCCUCUUGUUCUAAAGCAGAAUAUGCGAUGGUCACCUUCUGGAGUAAAGGGAGCGCACACAUCACGUUGCGGAUAUACCUUUGUGUACCACCGGCAGGACUGCCGCGAGCUCGGGCAUAUCGCGUGACUGUUCAUUUCAUUGGAAACAAAGAUAACAUCGAAAUCGAUGAUCAACCUAAUAAUAUUGAAAUUAAUAACAUAUCCGAGAAUAGUUCAGGUACUAUCAGUACAGAACAUACCCUGACUGCACAUUCUGAUACUCUGUCGGACAACUCUGAUACCAUGUCUGUACACUCUGAUCCAUUAAAUAUAGUAAUACAAGCUGAUGUUCAUAGAACUAAUGACAAU